UCAUUUUUCGCCAUUUUAUAUGAAGAUGAUAAAUCCGCAGCAAAUUGUAGAAAAACACAAUCUUUAGUCUGCUGAAGCAAAAUGCAUUUUAUUAAGCUUAAAAAAAUAUGUGUUAUUUUUAUUGAUCCUUACGGAAGGCUUAAAAUGAUUAUAUAAAAUUAUGAAUUCGUAUUUAUUGGAAAUCAACUGUUUCCCGCCAUGUUGAUUGGUAGUGGAAUUGUUUUUAUUAUGAAACUGUGCCGUACGCUGCAUAAAUACAGGAGUUAUUAACAGAAAAAAAUUGUGUACGUUUAAAGUUAAUAUCAAGGAUAUACAAUGUGGACUUCAGGGACGGUGGAUGGAGUGUGGAAGUGGUCCUCAGUAGAAAGUUAAAAAUGAUUGGGAAUGUUUGAAUAUGGCCCAGAGUCUCUUGACUCAGCGCGGUGUGGAGUACGGCUCCACGAUGCGUACACUCCAGGCUGUUGCAGCUAAGAAACACCUGGCAAAGAAAUGGAGGUCACGGAAUCAAAGUUGUAGUGAAUCUAGCAGUUCGAGCAGCGACACUUGCAGCAGUAGUGAUUCUGAUGGGGAAGGCAGCUCGAGUCGAAGUUCGACAACUGCAGAAGAGCGUGAAUUCUCCAUUGUUAAAGAAAGCAAUUUUGCCAAUGGUCCAUUAAAGCUAAAAAUAGCUGCAAGAAGAAUAAAGAAGGCUCAAGAUGUAGCUAAUGGUACUUUUGAUCCAGAAGACUAUUCGGUAGAAUCGCAGUUGCAGGAUGGUAGUGAUUCUGUACACGAACCUGUUAUUAAUAAAACAAGUGGUGUAACAAAAUGUGCAGGUGUGAAAUGUGAAACAGAAGAAAAGAAAGCACCGCAUUAUUCCCAUAAAACAGAUCAGAAGGGUUGUCUGCAGACGAAGGAUGCCAGAGUACCAUGCAAUGGGCAAUAUACAAAUUGCAAGACUCUACGCACAUCUCGACGGUGUAGUACUAGUGGCAGCUCAAGUUCUUCAAGUUCCAGUGGCAGUUCUAGUGGUUCCUCUGGAAGUAGCAGUAGUGGCAGCAGUAGCGGGAGUAGCAGUGGCUGCAGUAGCAGCAGUGGGAGUAGUUCAAGUGGUUCCAGCAGUAGUUCAGGUAGCUCAAGUAGCAGCAGUAGCUCAAGUGGUAGUUCAUCUGGUUCAGAAAGUGAGAGUUGUUGCAGUGCAUCAAAUUAUGGUACGUGUAGAAGUCGGAAAAAACUCAGACGGAAAGCUUCUACAAAGUGCCAAGCUACAUGUACACUGCAAUAUAAACCAUCACAUGAUGGUACAAAUUCUUCUAGACGGGAUGCAAGAAUUUCAUCUGAAAAAUCAGAGUGUAAAAAAAGCAAAAGACUUGGGGGUGAAUGUGCUCGAAACAAAAAACUGCAAGUCAGUGAUAUUGAAUAUUUUUCAAACACAACAUCAGAGGACAAUGGUUUUGCAAUGGAAGAUAAAGAUGGCAGCAGCCAGGAAUGUUUCAGCAUGUGGAGAAAAGUGGAAGAAAAACACUGUGCCAUUAUUGAAGAUAACUUCAAAAAUCAAGGUAGUACAGAUUUGCAAAUGCAGAUAUUGAGUGUAACAAAUGCAGAAGUUGAGUGCAACAUCAAUGUAUCCACUAAAAUAGGGCUUUUGAAUUCAGAGACUGAUAAACAUUUGAGUGUAAAUAAUGUUAAUUGUAAAAAUCAAAAUAGUGCAGAUUGUGAAUUUGGUUUCUCUUGUGUGGAACAAAUACCUUCCAUAAUGAAAGAAAGCAUAAUUCUUCCUGCUGCUAGUCUCGAUUUAGAUGUCUUGCCAGUAACUUUAUCUAAUGUUUCUCCAGAUAGUGGAAUUCAGUCUUCUGGUGAUUCACCAACGCGAAUGGAAUGUGAAUUAUCUACUAGGAAUGAUAAUCAAGUGUUAGUGAAUACUAGUUUUAACGAAUCAUUUGAAAGAGCUGAUGCAGCAAAUGCUGCUUUAAAUAAAAUUGGGGAUCAGCAUUCUAAACAUGUUUCUCCUACACCUUCUCCACCUGUUUUAACACCUCUUGAACCUCUUUGGACUCAAGGCAGUGUUGAUCCUCAACCUGUUGUUGGAAAACCAAAAUGCUCUGUAGAUGAAGAUUCAGCCCCUCUUCUUGUGCAAGAAAAUAUUGGUUUGAAAUGCAAAAGUACAGUUAAAGCAGAAGUUGAUUCUUUAUUUUCUGACUACAAGCAAAUAAACUUUCCUUCUGAUAGGGAAGUUAUUGGUUUGAAAUGCAAAAGUACAGUUAAAGCAGAAGUUGAUUCUUUAUUUUCUGACUACAAGCAAAUAAACUUUCCUUCUGAAGGAAGUUAUUGGUUUGAACGCAAAAGUACAGUUAAAGCAGAAGUUGAUUCUUUAUUUUCUGACUACAAGCAAAUAAACUUUCCUUCUGAUAGGGAAGUUUUGCAGCCAGAAAUUUUAGAAUCUUCCGAUGACCCAAAUAAAAUAAAUCGGCUUUCCUUGAGCCCCACCACUACAAGUUUGUCUUGUGAUAACAAAGUGUCCAACUCAGAUUCUUUUAAUCAAAGUUCCCUUCAUCUCAUUUUUAGUGAUCAGUCAAUGGGAAAUGAAAAAUCACAAUCAUCCGUUUUUUCAGUCCAUACAUCACCUCAGUUAUUACCAUUGCCAUCAUCUGAAACUAAACGUAAAAGGACUAAAUCUUCUAAACGCCAAACUGACACAAACUCAAAAGCUGACAAUGAGCUGCAACUUCUUGUUCAAAGUGUGCAAGAUUCUAUAAGCUCUCAGUUUCAGGGUGUGGAAUCUGAUGAACUAAGUGAUGUUGAUGUUAACAGCAUACCAGUUACAGCUUUGACUUGUGACACUACUGGUGAUAGUUUCUGUGAUAAACUCUCAAACGAUGACAACAUUGAUAUAUUUCUAGAUGAUAGGACAUCAAAUGAUAUGACUGGACAUCAUAUUCAAAGCAAUGAAAAAACUAGCAAAUCGAGUGAUCAGUCUAAAGGUAUUAAUAUUUCAUGUAUUGAAAAUGAAUCUGAAACUCUUUCUAUACCCUUAAGUGAUAAAAACACUAUAAACAGCUCAGCAUACUCAGAAAAUAUUAACAAAUUUUCUUCAGAUGAAUUGCCACAUUCAGAUACAGAUUUAUGUAACAAAAACGUAAUACCUUUGAUAGGCAGCGAUGAGAAACCUGUAAAAGUGGCUGAUGAUGUUGAUUUGCAGAAUACAGACUCAAAUCCUCCUGCUUUUAACAAGUUACCUAUUAAUGAGGUGUUUGAACCUUUAGUUCCUGAACAUUCCAAAGAACCUGAGCAAGUGUUUAAAGAUCCAGUAACAUCAGAUAAAGCUGAAAAUGAAAUAGUUAACCAAAUAUCAACUAGUGUUCCUUCAUUGUCUUGCGAAGUAUCAAACCAAGAGGCUGUGGAAAUGUCAACAGAUCAUGAGAUAACUUGCCAAAAUUCUGUAGUUUCUAAGUCAACUAGAAAGAAAUCUCUGAAAAGAGGUAAAUCUCGAGCCAAAGCCAGGACUUCUAAAUUAGCAAAUAAUAGUAUAACAGAAGAUACUGUGGUCCCUGCUGCAAUUGAAAUAUGUAAUGAAGCACCUUUAUUUGAUUUAAAAGAUACUAAAUUAAAUAACAUAAGCAAUAAAGAUACUUUUAAUUCUGAAUAUGAACCUGAUGUAAGUGAUAAUAAUAAAAACAGAUCAGAAAAAUCACCUUCCAUUAAUACAUUGCCUGCAUUAAAUGUUUUAAAAGCCUUAGAAACUAGUACUGACAAUUCUAAUGAUCAUCAACUAGCUGCUGAUGUAGUUGUUCCUGAAAAUAAAGAUCAAAGUAAACCUUCCCAAGUUGAUUUUACUGUGAGUGAAUUAUUGUCAUCUCUUGAAAUAUCUACUGUUCCUACUAAUUCAACUCCAGUAAAUACAGUUGUGACUAGGAAGAAUUCUAGGAGAAAGAAAAAUUCAAGCUUGGCUAAAUCAAAAGGUAGCAUUAAAAAGGCAAAACAAACAGUGCAAGAUGAAAGUGAAGAAAUUAAUUCAGCCUCAGAAGGUGUAAAAUGUAUGGAAAUUGUUCCUAUUAAGGAUAAUGAAUCUGAUAAAAAGUUAGACCAUGAAAGCACAAAUGAACAAAAAAGUGACAAACUAGAUGAUGAAGUUGUGUUAGCAAAAUGCGAGGCACUAACUAGCAGCAUAGAAACUCUUAGUUUGAAAACUGUGCUACCUGAAUUAGCUGCAUCUGAGAUAGCUUCAGUUGAUAAAGAAAAUGAUCAGAUUAAUUCUGCCAUUGUAAAAGAAGAUAGUAAUCCUCGUAUUAAUGGUAAACCAAUGGAUUUGGACUUACCAUUAAAGUUGUCUCAUCAAAAUUCAGGUCAGAGUGAGUUAGAAAAUAAGUCUGGAACAAUAGUUUCAUCUUCACCAAUAAAAAGGAAUAAAAGCACUAGAGGGAGAAAAAGUAGAAAAAGUACUGCUUCAAUAGUAUCAGAACACAGUAAAUCACUACCAAUAACAAGUGAUGUUUGUGAAAAUAAUGUUAAAAUUGAUUUUACUUUACCGAGCAGCAAUAAAUCUUUGCUAAAUUCUUGUGAUCAUAUAUCAGUUGAUUCUGAAAACAAAGAUUCUGAAUGUAAUGACAAACGAAAAAAUAGGACUAAAAAAUCACAGGCUCAAAAUAUUGAUAAAUCUGAAAUAUUCAAUACUACAAAUUCGAAGCAUUUAGAAAAUCUGACCACUCCAGUAGAAGAAUUUGAGAAGCCAUCUAAGUCUCGUAACAAGCGUAAGAAAGAUUUUCAUAAAAAUCUGGAUUACGACAAUAUUGAUGCAGUUAUAGAAGAAGUUGUUAAUGUAGGUGUUUCAGAUAAAUGUAAGUUAUCUCGGAAACAGUUGGAUGGAUCUCAGAAACAUGCCGAGAAUCAUAGUUUAGAUUCUAGUAAAGAAGAGAUGUUAUCUUCAGAUGCAGUUAAAAAGAACUUUACAAAAAAGAAAUCGCCUAAAAAGACUGUUAAAAUUUGUGAAGAGGAUAUUGAAAAACUUGAUUUUUUAUCCAAGAAGCAGGCUGAGAAUUCAAACACUGAAAUAAAAAAAUCAGUUACUAAUUCUUUAGAUAAUACAGAACAUACUGAAAAAUUAUCAGUUAAGUCAAAAAGUGAUAGUGUACAGGAAACUAGGCAUUCUUCAAAACCAGAUUUUGAUAGUGAUUCAAAAUCUCAAGUCUGUUUUGAAGGCAGCGAUCAAGAAUCUUUGCCUUUGUCUACUUUUGUUGAUAAACCUACAAAACGAAAAAUAUCUUCUAUUGUAAAUGAUUGUCUAGAAUCACAUCCAAUUUUAUCAUCAGAUAAUGAACUGGAGAAAGUUCAAGAAAAAUUCAAAAGUAAAAAAACAGGGAAGAGAAAAUUAGCUUUAUCCAAGAAAAAGGAUUCUGUUUAUUUACAGUCUGUUAAUAGUAAAGCUGUAGAGAAGUCUUCAAAACCUAUAAGCCAUUUAAAUGAAUCAUUUUCAUCAGAAGUUGAAAAAUGCAAUACUAAAGUUGUAAAUUCAAAAUGUAUGGCAGAUGUAAAUAAGAUGCCAAAGAAAAUGGUGUCUAACACCAGUAUUGACACUGUGAAAAAUAAUUCUAAAAUAAAUAAAAAGCAAAAACAUUCUACUAGAAAAAGUAAGAAAGAAAGAUUUUUGAACAGGAAUAAGAACAGAAAGAAAUACAGUAUGAACAAUGAAGAUGCGACUAAUUCUGAUGAUAUGGUAAAAAGUGGAAGUGAUUUGGAAGACAAGAAUGCAUCAGCGCUAGAAUCAAAGGAUGAAUUUCAAAGCAAUGAGGAUAAUGCUAAUCGUCUAUGCUCUAGAGCUGCCAAAAAAGAUAAAUCAAAAGUAGAUGAAGAAAAAGAAAACUUUGGUGUCAGAAAAACUGAUCAUAAGCUUUCUUGCAAACAGAGAUCGAAACAUGGGAAAGAGGGUAAAAUUUCUUCCCAGAAGCUAAUGCCUGAAGAUUUAGAGAAAGCAGUUAGUCAGUCAGUUAUUUUGGAUAACUCUGGAAAUAGUGGAUUUGAUAUUCUCGAUAAAGGAAUAGAAAAAGAUGAUGUCUUAGCAUCUCUUUCUGUCAACGAAGAAUAUCGAGCACCUGAUAGUUAUUCUGAUGCCUGUGGUUCUAGUGGUUUGGAUCGACAUUCAUCCCUUGAAAUUAAGCACUUGAAGAAGAAAAAGGGUGUUAAAGCUAAAUAUACAGAGGAUCCAAACUUUAUUGCUGAGUUGGAAGAAUUAGCUAAAUUAUUAAAAACAUGUUAUAUUUCUAAAAGGAAUGUGAAACUUAAAAAUGGAAACUCUUUGAUCCCUUCCAUUUUUGAAUUGAAAAGGUACAUAAAAACUAAAAAUGAUAAGAGUUCACGUAGUGUAUCUAGUUCUGUUAAAAACACUAAAGUGCCAAAAGCAAAAUCGCUAACUAUGAAGAAAAAGCCAAAAAGAUUAAUAAAAGCAAAAUUGCCCAAUGAUACACCAAAAAUGUUGCCAAAUCAGAAAUCUAAAAAUUCAGUUAGUGAAAAUUGUCUUCCUCUAAAAAAACGAAGAUGCCACAUGGCAUCUAGUCAAGUACAAAGCACAAAACCAGCAACUAUUGAUGUCAAACCAGUACAAGGAAAAAGAAAUUUCAGUUUGACAAAUUCUUUUGAUGAAACUAUUGAGGAGUGUAUUCGUAAGCAUAUGAUGAUGGAUGAGGUAGCUAAUGAGAAGACUGUGCCAGCAACUUCUGCAAAACUUAAAGGUAAAAAGAAUAAAGUACAGCCUUCAUCCGAAUCAAUUGAUGAAACUAUUGAUAACUGCAUUAAAAAUUUCACACCAUGUUCAAAAGAAAAGUCAUCUUCUGAAUCUACAUCAAGGAUGCAUGACAGUGAAGGAGAAGAUUUACCUCUAGCAUCGUUAGCUAAACUAAAAAGUAGGAAAAAUGGCCAAAUCCUUCAGAAAGGAACAAAAAUUUCUGCUGCAGCUUUAGAAUACAGACAAAAGCGAAAACGUCUUCUGAAAGAAGCAUGCAUACAAGCUAAGAAACCAUCUAAAGAAGAGCAACCAGAAGUCGUUAUUAAUGGGCAAAAGAAAAAACGCCGAUUCAAUAAAACAGGAUUUGUUAAGGUGAAGAGGAAGAAAACAAGGCCUACGAAUAAUGAAGUCAUUGAGGUAUCUCAAAACAGUACUCAUGCAGAUGGAGAAGUUAUUGAUUUAACAACUGAAGAUACUGUUUUAGAUGCAAUUGAAAGUGUCGUUAAAGCAUCAGUUGAACCGGAAAUAUCAAGAUCUCGUAGAAAAAGGAAAAAUGUUGCUCAGAAAUGUGAAAUUGAGGUUUUGGAUCUCACAAGUGGAAAUGAUGAGAAUGACAUCGAAGAAUGUACUGUACCUAAAAAACCAAAAGUUUCUGAAGAAGAUGAGGAACUUUUAGAACCAAAAUAUCAGCAGGUGAUCCAAGUGACAGAACCAUCAUCUGGUAGAAAAGCUGCUUUAUCAGAUCCAAGAAAAAUGCGACGAAAGGAAGUGCAUUUUCCCAAGAAGAAAUAUCUGAGGGCUGGUUUUUAUUCAGCUUUCUUCAAGCAAGACAGUACAAGUUGCAAGAAAAGUAGUAAAAAAUCAAAGUCAAGAGAGGUAAAGGAGUAUAAUCCCGAAGAGCACGAGUUUGGUCUGAUGCCGCCUCCAAUUCACGUAGGAAGAUAUUUGCGAGAAAAACGUUCAGAGUAUAAAUUGUCCUAUGAUCUCUGGUGGUUAUAUAAGAAUAAACAACUUGUUUAUAAUGAUGAACUGACGAAUAAUUAUAAGAAAAUAAAGACAAAUGUUUAUGUGGAUAUCAAACCUGAUUCUAAAAAUGAUGAUCAGCCAUGCAAUUGUGUUCCUCCAAAAGACUCCAGAAGACGAGGUUGUGGAGCGGAAUGCCUAAAUAGGAUGAUGUAUGUAGAAUGCACACCUCAGCUAUGCCCAUGCAAAGAUCAAUGUUCUAAUCAAAGAAUUUUUAAACAUGAGUGGAGUCCUGGACUUGAGCGUUUCAUGACUAAAGACCGUGGUUGGGGAAUAAGGACUACUGAGUUUAUUCGAUGUGGUGAAUUCAUAUUAGAAUAUGUGGGAGAAGUAGUAAGUGAUACAGAAUUCCGUCAUAGAAUGGCAGAGCGAUAUCGAAAUGAUCAACAUCAUUAUUGUUUGAGCUUAGAUUCUGGAACAGUUAUUGAUGGUUAUCGCUUGGCUGGCGAAGGACGUUUUGUAAACCAUUCUUGUGAACCAAACUGUGAAAUGCAAAAAUGGUAUGUGAAUGGCCAUUACCGAGUUGGUUUAUUUUCUUUGAAAGACAUAUAUCCCAACACCGAACUUUGUUAUGAUUACAACUUCAUCAACUAUAAUUUGGAAACCCAGCAAGUUUGUAGAUGUGGGAGUUCAAAAUGUAGAGGCUUCAUAGGAGGCAGAUCUCAAAGGCUUAAUGGCCAGACUAAAGAAAAGGUUAGGCAGACGAAGCAGAUGAAAGCUAUUGCAGAUUCGAAAAAGGGUCCUGGUCGUCCCAAAAAGAGGAAAGACGAUAAGCCAGUUGAAAUUCAAAAAGAGCACAUAAAGAAUGAAUACCUCCCUUACAAUAGACAAUCAUUUACAAUUCAAAUGAAGCCAAUGUCUCAUCAACAGAGAUGCUAUGUCCAGAAGCAUCAUUGUUUCCUUUUAAGAAAUUAUGAAAAAGUUAAGAAAGCCAAAGAUCAAGCUCGUGUUGCUGCCGAAAAAGAAGCUGAACGGGAAAAUGCUGUCAAUAAACAAGAUGAUGAUGGAAAUACUUUAGCAAGUCCAUUCUUUCAAUUACCAUCGAGAAGAAGGAAUUCUAUGUACUAUAAUAAAAUAAAGUACCCAAUAGAUUUUGCAACUAUAGAGAAGAACAUCAUUACCGGCCAAUAUAAGAGUGUGGAAGCAUUUGAAGAUGACUUUUUGAGGUUGUUUGAAAAUGCUGAAGAUUUUUAUGGAAGAACAUCAGAUUUAGGACACAAAAUUUCUCUCUUGAGAAAAGUUUAUGAUUCUUCUAAGACUGAUGCUAUGAUAUUGUUUGAAGAUAUCCUUGGAGAAUCUAUGUCAUCAAUAUUUUCAUCCUCUAAGUCAGAUGGAAACAAAACAGAUGAAGAUGAUGAAGUCAUCAGGUGUAUUUGCAAUAUUUACAAAGAUGAAGGUCUCAUGAUUCAGUGUGAAAAAUGUUUUGUAUGGCAGCAUUGUGAUUGCAUUGGUGUUGAUGGCAAAGUCGAAAAAUAUUUGUGUGAGCAGUGCAGUGGAAUAGAAUUGUCAAAGGAAAUACUCAUGGUGCCUCGACCUCAUUAUGCUAAUCCUGAAUGCCAGUACUAUAUUACUCUGUUAAAAGAUGAUCUGCAAGUAAAACAAGGGGAUUGUGUUUAUAUUCGGCGUGAUGAUGAUGGAACUACACCGACUUCAAAUGAAAAUGUCCAAGGUCAGAUUCUUGGUCAGGGGAUGGAAAAUGGAGAUGCGGCUGCCAGGGAAAGUCUUCGAAGGACAAAAACAGAACAGCUGGAUAUAUUUCGUGUAGAAAGGUUAUGGAAAGAUGAAAAGAAUAACAAAUUUGCUUUUGGCCACCAUUAUUUACGUCCCCAUGAAACAUACCAUGAACCAUCUAGGAAGUUUUUUGCCAAUGAGGUUUUCAGAGUACCUAUUGUAUGAAAUUAUUUCAUUUGACUUAAUUGUUGGCCAGUGUUGUGUAUUAGACCUACCUACAUAUUGUAAAGGACGUCCCAAAGGGUACAAAGAAGAUGAUGUAUACAUCUGCGAGUAUCGUGUUGAUAAAACAGCUCAUUUCUUCAACAA